UUAAUCUGUCUUUUGUGUCAGGUUUCAGACACCAGCCCAGAGAGACUGUUGUUGAAUGAAAGCAACCAGGACACUCAGACGCAGUUCAAGUGGGCCAGGAAGUCCAGUGUGGCUGCAGAAUGCAAAGCAGAGUCGUACUCUGUGGCGGGCAGUACCGGCAGCAUCACCCCAUCAGUGGGCCCUGUGCCCCACCAGGCAUCAGGCAGCUCCAGCCCCUGCUCACACUCCUCGUCUGGAGGAUCACGGCACCCUGUCAGCACUCUCAAGAAAUGGCUUACCAAUCCCUUCCGCAAGCUGAGCUCUGAUACCAGAGGAGGAACGGGUAAAGUCGAGAAGCAGAUGUGCAGGUCAGACAGGAGGCAGCCGCCAUCGCUCCUUUCCCAUAGUGAAACUCAGCCGAGGCCUCUGGAACCCUACGACAACAACACCAUCCUCCCAUCAGGAGAUACGGUUUGGAGAGACGGUCUGUUGAGUCCUACAGCUCCUCCUACACAGCUGCCCUGUCAGAGCUACUUAUCUAACCUCCUGCAAGGCAGAGACACUCAGACUCCAGGUCAAAGAUCCAGCAUCAACACUCUCCAAGAGGAAGACAGCUGCACUGUGACUGACGACUCAGCUAGCCAGUGGUCUGUCACAGUGGACAGCGAAGAGGAGAGAAACAUUGCACUAGAGAAGAGCAUAUAUGUGCUGACGGAGCUGAUAGAGACUGAAAGGUUGUAUGUGGAAGAUCUUGGACUCAUAGUGCAGUCUGACCUUCUCUGUUUCCUGUCACACAGAUAUUUCCUGGGAGAGUUGGAAAAAUGUGUGACUGAUCCAGACAGCCUGGCCCAGCUCUUCAUCAAACAUGAACGGCGUCUUCACAUGUAUGUGGUUUAUUGUCAGAACAAACCCAAAUCAGAAUACAUUGUCUCUGAAUUCAUUGAGACCUACUUUGAGUAUCUCAGGCAGCUGUUGGGUCACAGGUUGCAGCUCAAUGAUCUGCUCAUCAAACCUGUUCAGAGGAUCAUGAAGUAUCAACUACUGCUGAAGGACUUCCUGAAGUACUACCACAAAGCAGGAAGGGAUGUUGAGGAGCUGCAGAGGGCGGUGGAGGUGAUGUGUUUCGUGCCAAAACGCUGUAAUGAUAUGAUGAAUGUGGGCAGGCUCCAAGGUUUUGAGGGGAAAAUCACGGCUCAGGGGAAGCUGCUGCAGCAGGAUACCUUCUCUGUCAGCGAGCAGGAAAGCGGCUUCCCAUCCAGAGCGAAGGAGAGGAGGGUCUUCCUGUUUGAGCAGCUGGUCAUCUUCAGCGAGCCAAUUGAUAAGAAAAAGGGCUUCUCUUUGCCAGGGUACACUUUUAAAAACAGCAUCAAGGUCAGCUGUUUGGGUGUGGAGGAGCACUCUGAGAAUAAUCCAUUCUGUCUGGUCCUGACCUCCCGCGGGACUGACAGCAGUGUGACACGCUUCAUCAUGCAGGCAUCAUCUCCGGAAAUACAGCAAGCCUGGCUCGAGGACGUGGUCCAGAUCUUAGAGAAUCAGAGGAACUUCCUUAAUGCCCUUCAGUCUCCAAUAGAGUACCAACGCAAGGAAAGCAAGUCAAACAGCCUGGGCAGGAACGUGAAGUCUCCAACUGCGUCAGCAUCUGGCCUGCGACCUCACUCCUCUGCAUCCAUGGGCCGACGCCAACAGCCCUGCCUGCUGUCUUAUAACACCUCCCUGCCCUCUCUGCAUCCACCACACCACAGCCCGGCCUCGAAGGUGCUCUCUAAUCCCUGUGCUGUGUCACCUGAAGCAGCUCUGCCUCCACUUCCCUCCCAACAGCAGCUCAGUUUGUGCACAGAGGGGAGACACGCCCGCUGGACGUCCAAUGGCCUGUCACCCUCCAGCCAGCACAGCAUGCAGGGUGUGACUGCCAGUUUCCAGGCGACCGCAUUAGACGAGGGUGCACAUCGACCACACAAUCUGGAUCAGCUGAAGGAGAGCGAGCAGUAAUGACCUGCAAAUUAACUCACUUUACCUUCAUGCAGGAGUGCCUCGACUGAGUCAGAGUGCUCCGUCAGCACUGGUUGUUUCACCUCUGUGCAGAAGUCAUCAAGGUCUCAGUGUCUCCAAUCUUCACAUUUUAUCCUAGAUUUCCCUCCAAAAAUUCCUUCAAAUACCACCCUGCUUUAGCCUAACCUGGAUUUGAUAUUUGUAAUCAUAUUGGUUUGACUGUGUGUGUUUUAUUUCUGAACAUAUUCUCGUCUACAUGUGGUGAUGACAGAUGAGAUGAAAUGUGUGAAAAUAUGCUUUUGAAGCACCACAGAGACUGAACUUCAUAUUGUAUAUGUAUAUAUUUCUUACUUUUUCCAUUAAAAAUUCAUGGAUGGAUAUUUUUGUAAUGCUUAAUAUUUUCACAAGGGACCACUUCCAUUGUAUUCCCCCAGAGGACUCUGAUCUGAAAUCCCUUUCAUGCUAUGUGUUAUCAAAAGUGACUGCAGAUUCUAGCUUCACUGUGGGCUCUGAAUCCACACGAGUUUUGUAUGUCUGUGCGUUUCCCUGCAGGUUAGCUAAUAGCUGUGUUUUCCCUUUGGUGGGUCUAUUUUAACCCCGUCAUUGUUAGACUGUUAUCUGAACAAAACACAUUCGCAAACUCACACAAAGCUCACGUCCUAAUGAAGCAGAAAAGGGAACAGAGAUAAAACAGAGGUGUUCACCUGUCACUGUCAUCUUGAAUGUAAAUAAUCUCAUGUGGGAUCAUAUCAUUAAAACUCUUUGACUUUUGGUGUCUUGAAUACACACAAAGAAUUAAAAAGGAAUGCUGUUCUGGUCUUUAUCAUUUUCCUAAAAUACUAGCGACUGUAUGUUGCAGCACAAAACAUUUCCGCACAUUUCUACCAGUCAUGGAGGGAUGAGACAGCGGACCCCCAGCCCUCCUUCACGGGAGCAAACCACCCAGAAUGCGGUUGUUUUGUGUUUCUUUGUAGUAAUUUAGCAUGUCUUGUUAGUUGUCGUGCUUCUUCCUGUAAUUGUGCAACGUUUUGCAUCUUUUGAGUUGUUUUUUAUUUUGUUUGUGGUCAUAUUUGGUCUCCAAGUGGCCAUUUUGCAGUUCUUCGUAGCUGUUUAGCAUGUCUUUGUAGUCCUUUUGUGUCUCUUUGUGGUUGUUGUUUAUCUCUUUGCGUGUCUUGGUAGGCAUUGCGUCUUGUGUUUUGCAUCUUGUAGUCAUUCGGAAUCUCUUUGUGGUCACUUUUAUCUUUUACAACAAGUAGAUUCUCCUUAAACCACAAUUCCAUGAUGCUUCAGUAAGGAGAUUGGAGCCUGCAGAUCUUUUUUUCUGUAAUUUAAUGUCGGUCCUAUAAGUCAAUUUUCUUACCAUAGUCUGUGCCAGAGGCCCCUGUUAGCACCCACCAAACCUUAUUAUGAUAUAAAGGGUAUCUUUAUGGCUUUCUUUGCCUCAAUUUAUAUUGUAGAUUUUCUAUUUUUAAAAGCAUGUUUUAUUUCAAGAAAAAUUAGAUUAGAGAGAUUAGACUAUUUAAAAAAAUGCACUGCAAUUGAACUUUAACAGUGAACAUGUUGGUGUACAACACCCCCUGCUGGAAUUGAUGAAGCACAUUGUCAAUUUGAUAUUCCUUAAUUGAUCGAUAUCAGAUUUUAUAUGAAUAUUUGUAUUUAUAGAGCGAUUUAUUGAAAUGGCCGUGCUUGAACAAGCUACCGUAAAGUGUAUUAUAAAGUGUAUCAAGAAGCUUCAUGGUUAUUCCUGGAGUCUCACAAUAAUGACUGUAACAUAGUGAACCAGUGUGAAAGAUUAUAUGAACCCAAGACUUAAUGAUGCAUGUGCCAACUAUUGCAUUUGACAAUAAAAAAAAAACAAGGUACUAACUUCACACAGUAGACGUGGAAGAUAAAUUGAGUCCUGUGAAGAAGUCACAGUCCAACAUUAAGAUACAAACUAUGACCUUUGCUUCUAUACAUUUUUGUUUUUAUAAUGCGUCUCACCCUUUUGGAGCUCAACAGUGAUGCCUUGAAAGACACUUUACUAUAAUGUAGACUGAACCUGUCAUUUCUUUCCCCCACCCUGGGCAAUGAAAAUGAAAGAGAGGCUUUUCCACAGACAUUUUAAUAUGUCAACAUUUUAACUAAAUUAAAAAAUGCUCAUAAUGCCGUGACCAGAUGAAUCACACCAGUGGGUUUUGGGUGAAGCAGGCAAGUUAAUUGCUGUUCUAACACAAUAAAGAUUACUGUCUGAAAAAAAGGUUUUCAGCUCAGCUAUAGAUCUGUCGACAGUUACAAAUCUUAGUAUGAGACAAGUUUUUGAACAUACAUUACACAAGAGCCUUUUAUAACACUGUCACUGAUGUAGUUUCAAUAUGACCCUUAUUCACAGAGCUAACGUCACAUUCUGGUGAACAUAAAGAAGAAUCCCAAACCGAAAGAAACAUCACACAAGUGGUUCAAAAAUAUUCUUCUCGAGAUUAAAAAGAAAAAAAACAUCAGCUGAUGAAUCUCUAGCACCUCUUUGCUAAUAAAUACAUUUUAAAAACUAAUUUGACUCAUUAGGAAAAGAAAGUGAUA